AAAAAAAAAUGAUGAUUCAAUCACACCAACAACAAAACCCAAUUCCAGAUCUCGAAAACCUGUUUGACUUUCAAAUCCCCAAUUUUUUAAAAUUGGAUUCCACUGAAAGCCAAUCCUUCAAUCCCUUAUUCUCCUGGAAAACAUGUUCAUAUCAAGACCUCGAAACAAUCCCCUCCAAUGGCGGCGCCUCUGCUUCUUCCUCUUCCUCCUCCUCUCCCACCUUCUCCAUUUCUCCCAUGCCGAUCUCGGCACCGCUUCCAGAUACCCCCCGCCCUAUUCCCCGACGGAGUGUUUUGGUGGGGAUUUGACUCAGUUCCCGACCAGCAACCUCUUCGCGGCGGCCGGAGACGGAGUUUGGGAGAACGGAGCAGCGUGUGGGAGACAGUAUUUUGUUAGGUGUUUCAGUGCGUCAGACCCGGAAGCCUGUGUGCCUGAUCAGACUAUUCAGAUUACGAUCGUCGAUUACGCUCCGUCAAUUGUUUCAGUUCCGACGGCGACCGGAACUACGAUGAUUCUGUCGACGACGGCGUAUAAUUCCAUUGUUAAUACCUCCGCGACUGUCAAUUUCGUCACCGUUGAAUUCCUCCAGGUAUGAUGGGUAAAGGUUUGGAGAGAUUGUGAUUGCUACCAAAUUGUGGAUUUUCGGGUCGAGUUGGUGCAAAAAAGAUAAUUCAUUGGCAUGGGAAUAAGAUUAAAUAGGCUCGAGACCGGUUUCAUUCACUUUUCGUUUUAUAUUUAGGUUGAGGUAGAUUGGGCACCAUAAAAUUAGACCAAAUAAACCCAA